CUCGACGUGGGGAAACGACCGGGUCGUGCACAGGUUAGGGAGAGGGUGUGUGGCGUGUGUGUGAGGAGGCAAGCAUGUUCCGGAGGAAGAUGCAGUCGCUCGUGUCGCAGGACAAGGUGCGGUACGCCGACGGGAAGUACGACCUCGAUCUGACGUACAUCACACGGAGGAUCAUUGCUAUGGGAUAUCCGUCAUCAGGUGUCGAGUCUUUGUAUCGGAAUGCGGUGGCUGAUGUCUCGGCCAUGCUCGAAGCCUACCACCCCAAUGCUGUCCUUGUUCUCAACGUCUGUGAGCGUUCUUCGGCUGACUUUCCCCAUGCGCUCGCUGUCGUCGCGCUGCCGUUUCCCGACCACUAUCCGCCGCCGAUGGAGCGACUGCUCUCUGCCGUCCAUGCUGUGCAUAGCCAUCUGGUUGCUGCCGUUCAUCACGUGGCCGUUGUCCACUGCCUUGCCGGGCGCGGGCGGACAGGCACGGUCAUUGCCUCGUAUCUGACCCUGACCCAGGAGGCUCGGUCUGCAGCCGAGGCGCUCGGCGUCUUUGCGCGCAGGCGCUCUGCAACGCGCCAGGGCGUGACCAAGCCGUCGCAGCGGCGGUAUGUCGAGUACUUUGACACGGCCAUGGCCAAGUCGGUGGUGCCGGACCCGGGCAUUGCCCGACGGCUCCGCAAGAUCGUCCUCCACGGCGUGCCGACCUUUGCGUCUCGGGUGGCGGCCGACGGCCGCGAGCUCGGUGGCUGCCGGCCAGUGGUCAACGUGUACUCGGCGGCUGCGCAUCCGCCCAAGCUCCUCUUCUCCUCGCAGUGGCGCAUGCAGUUCAACGGCGUGGUACCGUACUUUGACGCCGGCCAAGUGCCUGCGCUGGUCUUUGACGUCGACACUGUUGUCGCGUCUGACUUUCUCAUCCGCGCCUUCCACGUCCGCAAUCGCGGCGGGUCGACUCGCUCUGUCGAAGACGACGGCGUUGAGAUGUUCCGAGCCACCCUUCAUGCCGCGUUUGUCGACUCGGCCGUCGUCGCCCUACCGGCCGCCAAGCUCGAGGGCCCUCACGCGGACUCGUCGCACCACCAUUUUCCGCGCAACUUUUCGGUCUCGCUCUUUUUUGAUCUCCACCCGCAAGAGCCACCUGGCGUCGUCCUCCCAGCGCUCCGCGAGACGUAUGCCUCGCUCCUGGCCACCGCAAAGACCGUCCGCGCCCACAAGCACUCGGCGCUUGUCUCGGCUGGCAUCCUCCCGCUCGUCUCGGACCUCGACGCCCGCAUCGCCGUCCCGCCGCCGCCGCACUCUCUGCCGGCCUUUGCCAAGCCGCUCGCGCCGUCGUCAGCUUCCGUCACCCACUCACUUCGCAUCGCCAGCAACGGUGCCGCCCUCGCGCAGGCUCCACUCGGCCUCGCACCAGCACAACACACCGCGUCGUCGCCGCCGUCGGCCGCUGCGGCCGCGCCGCUGCCGGUCACAGGGAAGCGGAGCUGGGAUCUCAACACACCGUUCCCGGUCAUCCAUGAAGCGCUUCACGCCGAAAUCGACCUCGCCGUCCGCAAGGCUGCUUUCCGCCCGCGUGCCCGUGUCUCGCCCUCCUGGUCGCGCAAGUCGUCCACCGCAGACCUCGCUCCCCCGCCCGAUGAACUGCAGCAGCCAUCGCUGCUCCGCACCAUGCGCGCCGAGCGGGUUCUUUCCGUCGCCAAGCGCUCUGGUGAGCGUGGCAGCAUGCGCAAGACCACAUCGGAAGAGCUCCUCUUGUAGCCAUGCUUUGCGUGCGUGUGCGGAAUGAACGGUGCGGAUGAGCAAAGAGACGUUGAUGUGACAUAGUAAACAUGACGCGGCUG